AUGGCCUCAGACGGCGCUCACAGCCCGCCGGCCUACCCUUAUGACACCGAAAAAAUUGUCGGCUCCGACAAGGCGGGUGGUGCCGACUCCAAACCCAUCUCCGAUGUCAAUCCCGGCCGCCUGUCUUUUGACAGUGGCAAGGUCGACCAUACCCACCGUCUGCUCAAGUCGCGACACAUUCAGCUUAUUGGCAUUGGUGGUAGUAUCGGAACCGUUCUCUAUGUUCAAAUCGGUCAAGGCCUUCUUCAUGGCGGCCCCGGCAGUCUCUUCAUCGCCUUUAGCUUUUGGUGCACCGUCGUGCUCGCCGUCACCCUGUGCAUGGCGGAAAUGGUGACUUACCUGCCCAUCUCUUCGCCGUUUAUCCGAUUCGCCGGUCGCUAUGUUGACGAGUCUUUUGGUUUCGCCAUUGGCUGGAAUUUCUUCGUUUUCCAAGCCGCCCUGGUGCCUUUUGAAGUGACGGCGUGCAACCUCAUCAUCAAUUUCUGGACCAAAGCAAUACCCACCGGCGCAAUGAUUGCCAUCAUCAUUGUUCUGUAUGCCGCCAUCAACGUAAUUGCCGUCAAGUGGUAUGGCGAAACCGAAUUCUGGGCUGCGCUCGGCAAGGUGCUGCUCAUUGUCGGUCUCGUGCUCUUUACCUUUAUUGUCAUGGUGGGCGGCAACCCCCAACACGAUCGCUUCGGCUUCCGCUACUGGUCGAACCCUGGCUCCUUUGCCGAGCUCUAUGGCUACACCGGUGGGCUUGGUCGAUGGGUAGGCUUCUUACAGUGCUUGAUUCAAGCCGCUUUUACCAUUGCCGGUCCCGACUACGUUUCCAUGGCCGCUGGCGAGGCUGAAAAUCCACGCAAAGUCAUGCCUCGCGCUUUCAACGCCGUCUUUUACCGACUUACGGCCUUCUUCAUUCUCGGCUCUCUCUGCGUUGGUAUUCUUGUCCCCUACAACGACAAAAACUUGAUUGAAGCCUAUGCGAACGGCUCACCUGGCGCUGCUGCGUCUCCCUACGUUGUUGCCAUGAAGCGUCUCGGCAUCCCGAUUCUUCCCCACAUUGUCAACGCGACCGUCCUGACGGCUGCCUUUUCGGCUGGCAACUCGUACGUCUACUGCGCCUCGCGAUCGCUCUACGGCUUGGCCCUCGAGGGCAAGGCCCCGCGUCUCCUCACCACCUGCACCAAGACAGGUGUUCCGAUCUACUGUGUCGCCGUCGUUCUCGUGUUUGCGCUGCUGUCGUUUCUGCAGCUGGGCGAGGGCGCCUCGGUUGUACUCAACUGGUUCGUGUCGCUGGUCACAGCCUCACAGCUUCUCAAUUUCGGAGGUGUUUGCGUCUCGUACCUGUGCUUUCGCCGGGCCAUCCGGGCGCAGGGCAUUGACCCCACGACGCUGCCGUACCGCGCGUGGUUCAUGCCCUACGCCGCGUACUAUGCGCUCUUCUGGUGCGUGCUCAUGGCCUUUGUUGGUGGCUACCCGGUCUUUUUGCCUGGGCGAUGGGACACGCCCAACUUUCUGUUUUCGUACAUGAUGAUUUUUGUGUUUCCGGCGCUGUACUUUGGCUACAAGUUUGUCAAGAAGACCAAGAUUCACAAGCCAGAGGAGGUGGACUUGGUUAAGGACUUGGCGGAGAUUGAAGAGCACGAGGCCAAUUAUGUGCCAAGGAAGGCAGAGUCCCGCUUUGAACGCAUUUUGGACACGCUCUUUGGGUAG